CCGGCCUGUCAAUUCUCCAGAGAAGGUCGUACUUUGAGUACCUGUUCUCGUACCUUAAGAAAACGGACGAAAAGCUGCUCCUAGAGGUUAAGGCCGAUCUGAGAAAGAAGGGCUUUAUAGUGUGA